AUGGACAUAAGAAUUACUGUUGACAUGUCUGAUCACAACCACUCGUCACAUCAGGGGCUUUUUAUUGUCUCAAUAAUGCGAGCAGAUUAUGAUGGGACCAAAUGUCCUGGGGAUCCAGACUCACAUACUUUCUCUUUCUGGUGUUCUGAUUUAGCAGCAGAUGGAGAGGCAUUGCUUCGUGUUUCAUCAGACUCUCAGAGCAGUCUCUGGUGUCUCUGUUGUGGGACCGGACCUCCUCAUCCUCCUCAACCUCCCUGCAGGUCUCUCUGCAGCCCCGCGGGGAAACAGCUGCAUUUAAAGGCUUGCAAAAAUAAAGUAAGGGAGGAUGGGGAGCAGAGGGGAGUCUCCACAUGUGGGACUCAAAGUUUUUUUAAAGUUAGUGUUAUGCCAAAGUGUUUCCUGCUGAGGUCAUGUUUAUCGGAGGAACUCUUCUGGGUUUUUUGCAUUUCCUGCUUCCUGCGACUCAGUGACAGCUCUUGGUUUAGAAAUGGACUGUCCCAUCAAACAGGGUUUUCCUGUGUUUAA